UUUGCGAGAGCUUUUGUGUGAAUAUUUUGUGAUUGUUUUGCUAUUUUUCAAGGAAAUGUGAUUCCAUGUGAUAAAUAAGCAAGCACGGUGUAAUUUGAUAUUCUGUAAUUUUAAAUGAAAUCCGGUUCGUACGUGGAGACUUAACAAAUCGAUAAAUACACUUGACUAAGUUUUGAUUGCGUUCCGAUGUUAUGAUAAAAUGGGUUUUAUUUCGUAUUUUGUGGAUAACUACACAGCAAGUUUUUACAAUAUGAUUGUGGAGUACGUGGACACGGAAUACAGUCUGUGGCUGACGUGGUUCCUCACGCCCGUCAUCGUCACCUUCCUCCUGCCGGCUGUCAUCAUCGUACUCAUAUACCUGAGCAGUAUUAUCUUCCAUCUUUAUAGACUUUAUAGGUUACGUGUUGUGGACGGUGUACAAAACGACUGGCGACACGCGGCCCGUCUCGCGGUGUGCGCCCUAUGGGACGCACAUGGUUGGCUGUGGCAUGGCUACGAAAUCAGAGGGCUCGAGAACAUUCCAGAAGGCCCGUUCCUCGUGAUCUACUACCACGGCGCGUUGCCGAUAGACAUGUACUACUUCACCGCGCGGAUGCUGCUGUUCAAACGACGGCACAUACACACCGUGGCCGACCGGUUCUUGUUCAAAAUACCAGGCUGGUCACAAUUAUUAGAAGGCCUGUGCGUGAUCCCAGGCACGGUGCAGACUUGCGCCGGAGUGCUGAGGAGCGGCAACCCGCUAGCCAUCUCACCUGGUGGGGUGUACGAAGCGCAGUUCGGAGACCACUACUACAGACUGUAUUGGAAGUCGAGGAUUGGAUUCGCGAAAGUCGCCCUCGAGGCUAAAGUGCCGAUAGUGCCGAUGUUCACGCAGAACGUGCGCGAGGCGUUCCGCACGGUGGGGUGGCUGCGCGGCGUGUGCCUGCGCGUGUACGCCGCCACGCGCGUGCCGCUGGCGCCCGUGUACGGCGGCUUCCCGGUCAAGCUCGUCACGCACCUCGGCGCGCCCGUGCUGCCCGAGCCCGGCAUGACGCCCGAGCAGCUGCAGCAGAAGGUGGCGACAUCCAUAGAAAAGCUGGUAGAAGAGCACCAAAGGGUGCCCGGGAGCAUCUUACUCGCUCUCAUAGAACGCGUCUACGAGUUACCCAAAAAGCAGAAGAAGCACACGCACACGAACGGCACGUGUCAGAACGGCGUGAAGAAAGAGACGGCGAAUAAUAUUAGUGACGAGUGCGACAGGGACAAAGCGAAGGUGUCGUAGUGUGCGUGCGGGUGCGGUUGGAACGCUAUUGGUCACGGGGUUUCUGCGCAGAUAAGUAUGGAAUUAUUAUUUUAUAUGAGCAUUGUUCGCGUUGUACAGAUUGCUCUGAAGUUGGUUGAAAGUGCGAAUAAAAUACAAGUUCGGUUGAAAUUGUCUCAUAUUUCUCUCUCUCAUGACUUUGUUGAAUUUUCCAAAAAGUCUAUCACAAUUGGGGAGAGCCUAUUGUCUGUGUAUGAUUUUAAAUUUUAAUAUUUUAGAAAUUAAAAUAAACUAUGACGUAACUGAGAUCAUGAAUAUUGGUGACCCCCAAUUGAACUUGUGUAUGGGAAGUUAUAAAACCAACCAAAAAUAGUAUUUAUUCAUUUUUAACUAAACUUACCGAUAAAUAACAUCGAAGUAUAGAAACAGAAUUAUUUAAUUGGGCUUAUAAAGAAUUUAUCUGCGCAGUUUUAUCCCCGUAACUAUUGAGUGGAAUCAACUGUAAGUGUGGCAUAUUGUAAUGCGUUUGCACAUUCGAGUUGGAGUUUUGUGACAACUAAGUUUUUAAAUGCAUUUUAAUGACAAGCCGAUUAUCGAAUAUUACAAAGUGUAUGAAUAUAAGAAACAUGAAUCAUGAUUUUUAUAAACGAUUAAUCAUAAUAUCACAAUGUUGAUGAACAAAUAAUAAGAACUGAUAAUUUUUAAAAACUUUAAAAAUUGACUAUCCAGUGAGGUGGUACUUAAUUUUUUAAUGUUUUUUUUUUUCAUUGAGUUCACGUGAAUGUAAAUUUACUUAAAAUAUAGCUUGAAUAAUAUUUUAUUUUUAAUAAAGUCCAAUGGUAUACCAGAUUAAUACAAGAUUUAGAUAGUUUUGUCGAUUUUUCAAUGUGUAGAAAUCAACUGACUAAUUGUGUCAUAAUAUAUAUUAUGUAAUGCAUAUGAGAUUAGUUCUACGUGUAUUAUAGUUGUAAAAUGAUGCCAAUUUUGAAACAAUAUUUAUUAUAUAAGUUUUAUAUGUUAUUCAAUAUAGGAGAUUAAAAUUAUACAAAUAAAAACCUACUAUAUAUUUUUUUCUAAUUAGGUUUUGAAUCAUGCCAGUGUGUAAGUAUAUAAUAAUUAAUAUUUAUUCCAUAUUUAAAAUGUAUUUUAUGGUGUUGCUAUAUAAAAUAUAUUAAUAGAUAUUGCACUGCCAACAUUGAAGAAAAGUUUUUCUAAAGCUUAAAAAUGUACAUUUAUAAAAUUAAUGAUGAAUAUCGAAAUUUAUAUCAGUAAUUAUAAAAGAGAUUUUAUUUGUGUAGUACAAGGUUGCAUUUAGUUUUGUUAAAAUAACGCCAAUUCCAAAAUUCGAUGCGUUUAAAAUACUUCGAAAGUAUUGUAAAGCUGAGUUUACACUAGAGUUACAUCCUGUUCAACCCCAAGUGUAUAUUCAGCUUAAGAGAUAUAGUAGCAGUGAGAAAAUAAUUUAUUUCAAAGGCGAUGGAACGAAAGGUAUGAGUGCAAAUUAGUUAAGUUUAUUACAUAUAUACUGAAGCGGUACUUGGAAGAUAAUAAAAAUGUUUACAUUGCUAUUAUUUGUAUAUGUGGCUCUGAUAUAGGUUGCUAGCCCGUUUUCAGAAGAAUUCGGUGUAUUUAUAAACAUGCUAUAGUGGUUAUUUGUAAAAUACCAAAAUGUAUCCAAAGAUCGAAAAUCAAUUAAAAGCGGACAACGCAUUUGCAUAUGACCUUCCCUUGCAUAUGUUUACGGGUGACCGCAUUCCAUGCGCUCGGCUCGAUUGCCGCUCUAACAUUAAAAAUGUAAGAGUAUUAAAAUGAUUAUUAAGUCUACUUAAGAUUUUGGUACGUUACAAAUAACACUACGAUAAUUUCCUUUAUGAUAUAAUUUCUAUGUAUAUCUUAUACUUAGCAUUAAGUCUUUAAAUAUAUCACUUGUAUUCACUAGACUUGUUUACAAAUGAAUUACUCGUGCUAAGAAAAUAAAUAUAUUUUCAAUGUG